UAGAAUACCAAUGGCCAAUUCUGCAUGGGGUUAUGGAGUUCCCAUGAUAAGUGUUGUUGGGGAUAGCUUUUGUGUCCCUUAUACAAUGGAGAUUACUGUGAAGAAAAGAAUUCAAGGAUUCUCCAAAGCACAUUAUGAUGUAUUUGAUUCUAGUGGAAAUCUCCUCCUCCAAAUCGAUGGUAGUGUCUGGAAAAUCUCCAAGAAACGAGUCAUGCGCGAUCCUACAGGAAUUCCUCUCCUUACAUUAAAACAAACGAUAUGUAAUUUCGGUCAGUCAGCUAAAUGGCGCAAAGUUUGGACGGUUCAUCCGGGAGAAAAUUCAGAUGACAUUCUCUUCAGAGUAGAGGAACGUAGUCCUGUCCAGCUCAAAACAAGGCUGGAUGUGUUCUUGCCUGACAAUGAUAAUAAAAAAGCUGGUGACUUCUAUGUAACAGGAUCCUUUGCUUCUCUAUCUUUCAAAGCGUACAAAGACAAAUCUCCCAUUGCACAGGUGCAUCACAGCUAUUCAUGGGGAAGUUUCUGCAAAGGUAGAGAAAGCUUCAAAGUGAGAGUUCAACCAGAGGUGGAUUAUUCAUUUAUCAUGGCAUUACUGGUGAUUCUUGAAGAAAAUGAAAAUUGA